UUGCAAAAGGUGUUUUUAAGUUUCAAACUUAUUUGAUUUUUUUUAACGAUUAUAUAUUGUUUGUAUUUGUCACUUUCCAUUUAAGAAAUCGAAACAUUGGACAUCACCAUCAGAAAUGUCGGAUGACGAUUCAAAUUCAAAUUCAAAUAAUAAACCGGUUCCAAAACCGAAUACAUCUCGUAAUUCAAAUAUAGCAACAUUGUCAUCAAUCAGAGAUGAUAGUGAUCCUGGUGGUCAGGCAUUUUAUGCCGGUGGUUCUGAACAUUCUGGUCAACAAGUAUUAGGACCACAAAAAUCUAAUCGUGAUCCAAAUAAUAUUGUUUCGGAAAUGUUUAAACAAGCACGUGAACACGCCAUUUCGGAAGAAGAAUUGAAUGCUAGUAAAAAACCGAAUAAAUCAACAUUCAGUGGUAUUGGUGCUACACUUGGAUCAGCUACUGAAAUUUCUCGUAGAAUUUUUGGUGGUCCAUCAUCAUCAUCUGCUCAUCAUUCAGACGAUUCAAGUGACUCGGAUCGAGAUACUACAUUGAAAUUAUGGCAUGAUGGAUUCAGCAUUGAUGAUGGUCCGCUUCGAUCAUAUCAGGAUCCAUCAAAUGCCGAAUUUUUAGCAUCAAUCCGUAGUGGACAAAUUCCUCGUGAAUUAUCACGAGGAAGCAGAUCUGAAGUUCAUCUAAAAAUGGAAGAUCAUCGUACUGAAGAAUAUCAAGCACCACCGAAAAAACCAGCUAAACCAUUUACAGGUGAAGGUCAACGUUUAGGAACACCGGCAAGUGAAAUUAUAUCACAAGUUGGCCAACUUGUAUCAACAGAUCCAGCUUCUAGAGAACAAGCCUUAGAAUCGGCCAAUGCUUAUCUACAAUUUGAUAGUGCACAGCCACAUACACGAGUCCAAAUUAGAUUAGCUGAUGGAUCAAGGCUUGUUCCACAGAUUAAUAUCGAUCGUCGCAUAUCAGAUUUACGACAAUAUAUUUGUUUAGCACGACCAGAAUAUGGUGCAUCACAAUUCAUAUUGAUGACAACUUUUCCAAAUAAAGUUAUUGAUGAUGAAUCAAUUACAAUCAAAGAUGGUGGUCUAUCCAAUGCAUCAGUGGUUCAAUGUAUCAAAAAUGAUGAUUGAAUUUCUUACGAGAUAGCGAGAAAACGGCGAUGAUGAUACACGAAAUGUGAUUGAUUUUUUUUCACACACACACA